GUCCAGUAGGAAACUGGAAGGAACAGCGCAACGACCGUGCUUUCCCCAGGAAAUGGCGUAGCAUUCGUUUGUUGAGGUUAUUCUAUCUAAGUUUUGAAAUAGAAACGGAGAGAUUAUCCAAUCCAAUAUCCAUUAACCCAGAGAUCUAGCUUUUCUCUGCAAAACCAAAACAAAAAACCAUUCUUCAUCUCUAAUCGUUUGAUUCCAUUGCCUUCAAAUCUGUAAGUUUUUCGUUUUAUAUUUUUCAAAGAUCUACAAAUUCAUUCUUCAAUUCCCAAUUGCUUUUGAUCUGGCGAAUCAUGUCUCACAGAAACGAUUCUAAUUAUUCUUCAUUACCCGUUAGCUCAUAUCUAGAAUUGCAGCCUCAAAAUGAUUCCCCAAAAUCCUCACGAAGGAUGUCUUUUGAUGAAAAAGGGGGGUAUUUGGGAUCCAAGGUUGUGGACGACGAUGAUGAUUUUGAAAUCGACAUCGAUGAUUAUCCACUUGUUGUUGGGGGAACCAAUCACGGUUCGGGGGUACCUGGGGCUGUGUUCAAUUUGACCACCACGAUAAUUGGGGCAGGGAUCAUGGCUCUCCCUGCAACAAUGAAAGUUCUUGGUGUGGUUUUGGGGAUUAUAUUGAUAAUUCUUAUGGGGGUUUUGUCUGAAAUUAGUGUGGAAUUGUUAGUGCGGUUUUCGGUUUUGUGUAAAGCAUCCUCUUAUGGGGAGGUUGUUCAACAUGCUAUGGGAAGGCCUGCAAGGAUUUUGUCUGAAAUUUGUAUUAUAGUCAACAAUGCUGGUGUUUUGGUGGUUUACUUGAUAAUCAUGGGGGAUGUUAUGUCUGGUUCAGUUCACCAUUUGGGGGUUUUUGAUCAGUUAAUGGGGAAUGGGGUGUGGGAUCAGAGAAAGCUUGUGGUUUUGGUUGUCAUGGUGGUUUUUCUGGCACCGCUUUGUUCCCUUGAAAAAAUUGAUUCUUUGAGCUUGACCUCAGCUGCAUCAGUUGCUCUUGCUGUCUUGUUUGUUGUAGUUGCUUUUGCUGUUGCUUUCAUCAAGCUUGUGGAAGGAAAGAUUGAUGCUCCUAGGAUGGUUCCUGAUUUUAGCUCGAAAACGGCCAUCUUGGAUUUGCUUGUUGUGAUUCCUAUAAUGACCAAUGCAUAUGUUUGCCAUUUUAAUGUGCAGCCAAUAUACAAUGAACUUGGAAAUCGGUCUCCUCAGAAGAUGAACCGAGUUGGAAGGAUCACCACCAUGUUGUGCAUCCUAGUUUAUGCUUCAACGGCAACAUCAGGUUACCUACUCUUUGGGAGAGACACGGAGUCUGAUGUGCUGACUAAUUUUGAUAAGGAUCUUGGAAUUCGGUUUAGCUCGGCCAUAAACUAUAUUGUCCGGGUUGGCUACAUUCUUCAUUUGAUACUUGUUUUCCCUGUUAUUCAUUUCUCACUACGCCAAACAGUGGAUGCAUUGGUGUUUGAGAGAUCACCUCCUCUAUUAGAAAGUAGGAAGAGAUCUCUAGGAUUGACUCUCGUUCUGUUGGUACUCAUAUAUAUCGGAUCUACUAUGAUUCCAAACAUUUGGACAGCUUUUAAGUUCACUGGGGCAACAACGGCUGUUUCAUUGGGUUUUAUAUUUCCGUCUCUUGUUGCAUUGAGAUUAAGUCAUCAGGGUGAUUUAAGCCGGGGAGAAUGGGUUUUAUCAUGGCUGAUGUUGGUAUUGGCCAUCACUGUUAGCAUAGUUGGAGUAAUUGGCAAUGUCUAUAGCAUUCAGAGUAAGUCUUAAUCACACGUUUUGCUUUCUUUUUCAUAGGAACCAGGUGAUAAUUUUAAGUACAAGGCAUAGGAGGGAUUUGUUCAUUAGCUCUGCUGCAAUUUCAUUCAAACAGCAGUAGAUAAGUGGUCAGAGGAUUCUUCUGCCAUGUGCGAUAAAUAUUUUUGCCUUGGCUAAGAUAUAUAGGAUAUGAGAUGCAGGUAAAGCUUCAGAAGGCCUUUAAUUUUCAGAAAUGAUGAUGAGUUGAUUCAGUACGAGAGGAUUUUUGUGGCUGAUUAGUUAGUCACGGACACAGCUACUAUACUGUUCUGUUGGUUCCGUAUGUCAGUUUUCUUUUUGUUCAUUGAUUUUACAGAGGAAUGGUGUUGUAAAACAUUUUGUAACAAAUUCAUACAAUUUCUUAACAGGUACAUUUCUAAUGUU